AAAUCUGAUUCUGUUUGUUUAUUUUGGCGGCACCAAAACCGCUACUUCACUUCCCCCACUCACUUGCAUCCAUUCACCACAAAAUCUAAUCUCUCUCUCUCUCUCUCUCUCUCUCUCUCUCUCUCUCCAAACACUUCCUACUAUUUAGCAACACUUACCUUCUACAACGACAACUUCAUUCAAAUAACACAACAAAAGUCUCAACCUUUGAGACACAUUUUUGUUCAAAAUCAAACAUGGGUAGUUUUGUUGACACCCCUUUUUCUUUGUCUAGUCUACUCUGUCAUGAACAAGAUGAAUCCAUCUUCAUCUUCCAACAAGAUGAAAAUGACAAUAACCCAUGUUUUCUUUUAGACGAUGAAGAAGAAUACAUUCAUUAUUUGUUCAAACAAGAAACAGGAUUUGGAUCCUUAUCUUAUGAUGAUGUUGAUGAUGAUGUUGAUUCAAGUAAAAGCUUAUUCUGGUUCAGAAAUGCUCGCUUAAAUGCUAUUGAUUGGAUUUUCAAUACACAAGCAAAAUUUGGAUUCACUUACCAAACAGCUUAUUUAUCAAUCACUUAUUUUGAUCGGUUUCUUUCAAAACGAUCCAUUGAUGAAUCUAAACCUUGGGCUAUACAAUUACUAUCAGUGGCAUGUUUAUCAAUUGCAGCAAAAAUGGAAGAACAAAGGGUUCCUCCAUUAUCAGAAUAUCCAAUAGAGUAUAGAUUUGAGAACAAAGUUAUCAAAAAUAUGGAACUUUUGAUUUUGAGUACUUUGGAAUGGAAAAUGGGAUUACCAACCCCUUUUGCUUAUUUGCAUUAUUUCUUCACCAAGUUCUGCAAUGAAUCAAGAUUAGAAACAAUAAUCUCAAAAGCCACACAACACAUUGUCACAUUGGUCAAAGAGUUUAAUUUGAUGAAUCAAAGACCAUCUAUAAUUGCUUCUGCUUCUAUAUUAGCAGCUUAUGAUUCCACAUUAACCAAAAAAGAAAUGGAUCUUCGGUUAAGUGUAAUCUCAUCAUGGGGAAAUCUAGAGAGUGGACAGGUAUUUUCUUGUUACAAUGUUAUACAAGAAAAGAGGAUAAACAAAGUUAAGAAGACACCUUCAUCGGAUUUAUUAUUAUCAACAGAGACAAAUUCCACAUGUGAUGUUGUUGAGAACAAAUCUAAUGGUUGUUUAGGAGUUAAGAGAAAGCUUGGUUAUGAAAACAAUGAAGAAUGUCAAGAACAAAAGCUACAAAGACUUUAGUUUAUGAUUUUUCAUAUAGGAAAAUUAAUUAAUUUGAUUGGUGUUUAAUUAAUUACUGAUUGGAUUAUUAUAGGAUUUUUUUUUAAUUGGAAAAUUAUUAUUGUUGUUAGUUAAUAGGCCUAAUUAGUUGAUAGGUCUAUGGAGUAUUAUCCACCAUUUUUGUGGAAUGAUUUGGUAUUGAUUUUUUUAGUAGCCAAAACCAAAAAAGUUUCUGCAAGUGACAACUAAGAAGAUAGAGAGAAAAGAAAAAGGAAGAGUAAAUAAAUAAAUGAAAAAGUUGUUAUAGCUUUUGUUUAUCCAAUAGUGAGUAAGGAAUUUGUGAGUGAAGUGAAAGUUCACAAGGAUUGUGGUGGUGAAGUGAAAGAUGUUACUUAAGUGAAAGCAAGAAAAGCUAUGUGGAGUUGAAGUGGAACACUAUUUAUUAAUUAUUCAUAGUGAUAUAGUGUUUGCUUUUACAACUGUAAUUUCAUUUUUUCUUUUUUUAUUUCUUUCACUUAUUUUUUUUUAUUUAAUUAUUUUGUUGUGACUGGACUUAUUGGUAUGGUUUGCUUUCAAUGAUGUAUUGAGAAAGGGUUGCAUUGAGAAUGAGAAAAUGGUUUUGUAUGAUUUUA